AUGACACGGACAAGGAUCCAUAUCCUAGGUGUAGGCUCAAUCGGUACACUCGUAGCCCAUCAUCUCCGAUUGUCAUCCCCUUCAUUACCCAUAUCGCUCCUCGUCAGAUCACCCAACACCUUCCCCGCGACUCUUUCAUCAAUCAGAAACUCCGUCAAAACGAUAUCAACUGGAUAUGAUAUCGAGUCAUCCAUAUCUACAUCCCCUCCUUCAUUGGACAAACCAAUCAAGAGCUUGUUGAUCGCUACCAAAACCACACAAACCUUCUCCGCGCUGGAACCUCUGAUACCUCGUCUAAGCGAGAACAGUGUAAUAACAUUACUCCAGAAUGGGAUGGGAGUAUAUCAAGAAAUGAUAUCCAGCUUCUUUCAAGAUGAGUUCAAAAGACCGCAUUUCAUAUUGGGCACCACACCUCAUGCGGUGUCUCCGUCUGAUCGAAGAGGCCAGAUAUAUCAUCAUAGCGCAAUUGGGGAUGGGUUCAUCAAAUGGGGAUUGGUCCGUGAUCCUAGUAAGGAUAUAGAAGACGUUACCGUAGAAAGUUGGAUAUGGAGUCAAAGAAUCGAAGAUGAUGCCGUUUCAUCUAGAGAUAUAGAACAAUUGGAAAUUUCCAAUGGUCGAGAUGACCUAGUUCACCUAAAAGAUACAAUGGCUUCUCUCUUAGAUAUGAAGGACCUCAAUUCACAACUAUUACCAUACGAAGACCUGAACCACGCCUUGUUAUUGAAAUUAGUAGUCAACGCCGCUGUCAAUCCCUUAACAGCCAUAUUGGGUAGAGGCCAGAUGACAAAUGGCAAAUUGAAAGAGAUACCUUAUGGCAUCAACAUUGUCGAUCAAAUAGUCAAAGAGUCGUCAGACAUCUUGUUGAAGUAUCUGAAUCUCGAGAGUGCGGAUCCGAUGUAUUUGGAAAUGUUCGGGUAUGAGAAUCUGAAGAAAAUAGUAUACGAUACGAUCGAAGCCACAAGGCUCAAUACUACUUCUAUGGCCGUUGAUGUUAGAGAAAAGAGAAAGACAGAGAUUGAUUAUAUCAAUGGAUAUUUGGUGAAAAUGGGUGAAGAGCUGGGCUGUAAGACCGAUAUCAAUAGGAUGAUAUGCGAUAUGAUCAAGUUCAUCGAGGAAGAGCAAAAGUUCAGUACCUAG